AUGAGCUCAAAAGUGGCUGUCAUACGAGAUGAAGACCUUCGACAAGAAGAGAUCAAAAGCGGCAAUGAGAACCCCGAAUAUCCGACCAGGAUUGGCGAUAUCGAAAGGUCAAGCCCACCAACAAACGUCUCAAUCAAGCACUUGAUGGACCUGAGCAACGGCAUCGUGGGUUGGGAAUCUCAGAGUGACCCUCAGAAUCCUCUAAACUUCACACCUAGGCGGAAGUGGUUAAUCACAGGCCUACUUUCGGCAAUUGGGUUCAUGACCCCUUUCGCAUCCUCCAUCAUCGCGCCAGCGAUAUCUUUAAUCGAGGCCGAAUUCCACGUCACCAAUAUAACCAAAGGCGCCAUACCCGUGAGCAUUUUCCUUUUGGGAUAUGCAGUCGGACCUCUGUUUCUUUCGCCUUUCUCUGAGAUAUAUGGUCGUCAUGUCGUCAUGAUAACUGCUAGCUCUGUGUUUUGCGCCUGGCUGAUUGGUUGCGCUCUUGCACCGUCGCUAGAGACACUUAUUAUUUUUCGAUUUUUCUCGGGCAUUGGUGGAUCGGCAUCGCAGACAGUCGCGGGAGCUAUGGUCGCGGAUAUGUUCCCCGUUGACCAGCGAGGUAGAGCGAUGGCUGUUUGGAUGCUUGGGCCGAUAAUGGGACCUUCGGUUGCGCCAGUGGUGGGAGGUUUCGUUUCGGAGAAGAUUGGCUGGCGAUGGGUGAAUUGGAUUACUUUGAUCCCUGCAACUCUGGUCGUUGUCGCUAUGGCUGUAUUUAGUUGCGAGACGAAUCAUCAGGUUCUGAUCCAAGCCAAAACGGCUGCACUGCGGAGAGAGCUUGGUCGUCCUGAGCUGCUGAGCUGCUAUACCGACGAUGCUUCUACUCUCUCCAAGAAGGAGAUUCUCUUGAGAGGCCUAGUCAGGCCUUUCCGACUGCUCUUUGGCUCCGCGAUUGUCUUCGGCGUCUCUCUUUAUAUCGCGUUCGCAUAUGGGUGUCUCUACCUGUUCUUCAAUACCAUCCCCAUCGUCUUCGAGGACGGCUACGGCUGGUCGACGGGCAUCACUGGUAUCGUCUACCUUGCACUCUUGGUCGGAUACAUCAUCGGCGUCACGAUAUUCUUCACAUGCUCCGACAGAUCAGUCAUUCAUAAGACAAAGCUGAAUGCCGGAGUACACGAGGCUGAGAUGCGGCUGCCCGUUUGUAUCUACUGCGCUCCAUUUUUGCCAAUCGCCUUCUUCCUGUACGGCUGGAGCAGCGAGAAGGGCGUUUUCUGGAUCGUGCCAGUGAUCGGACUGGUUUUCUUCGGUAUUGGCUUCGAGUGUAUCUGGCUGACCACGCAAGCUUAUAUCGUCGACGCGUACUCGCAAUAUGCUGCCAGCGCACUCGCGGCAUUCUCGGUCAUGCGCAGCGUUGUAGCUGCUUUUCUUCCUUUGGCUGGGCCGCAGAUGUAUCAUGAGAUGGGAAUCGGUUGGGGCAAUUCUCUGUUGGGCUUCAUCGCUCUUGCUCUGGUCCCCGUUCCCGUGCUGAUCUAUAGAAUGGGUGGAAAGAUUCGGAAGAAUGAGCAUUGGAAUCUUUGA